GUGUUUUGCUUUGGUUUUUUGUUAUUGUUUCAGGUUAGUGGAGCAACUGAGCCCGAGAAGGAAAGCACGACUGUAUCGCUCAUGUUUUAGUUAUUUUCUCGCGGAUUGUGACUCCUGUAUCUGAUAGAGAGGCGGCUCGUUUAGACUGUUUGCAAAGAAGUGAGGGCGAUAAAAAAAAAAAAAGGUGAAAAUAGAAUAGCCUGCCUUUCUUUUGUGUUACCAUGGAGAAGGCUUGGCUGGUGGAGUUUAGAAAUGUGGGCUGCAGUUACUUCCCCCAGAGCAGAGUCGAUUGCCACUACACACUGAGCUCACAGCACAACUGGGCCAGCAAUGACUGGAUAGGACUCUUCAAGGUGGGAUGGUCGUCAGUGAAGGACUACCACACGUUUGUUUGGGCACUGGCCCCAGCUGAUUAUCAAGAGGGCACAGAUGUCAACUGCUGCGUGCACUUCCAGGCCUCCUACCUACCCAAGCCCAGCUCCCAGGAGUAUGAGUUUGUAUAUAUCGAUGCUAAGGGGGAAGUGUGCUCCCGCAGCUCCAAAUUCACUUUCUCCGCUCCAAAGCCACUUGAGGAUCUGGUGACCCUUGAGGAGGAGCCCCAUGGAGAGGAAGGAGGCACAGAUAUGUUGCUCGUAGUGCCCAGGGCUGAACUUCUGCAGAGUCGACUGCAGGAAUGUCUGCGAGAGCGCGCUGAACUGCUGCAGGUGCAAGAGGCGGCAAACAGGCAGAGGGAGAAAGAGAAGGUGGAGUACAAGAGGGCGAGAGAGGCCUGGGACAGACGACGCAAAGAGUUAGAAAGUGAUAUCACCUGGCUGCAUGAAGAGCUGAAGCAGAGUCAAGAGAAGAUCAAGGAGAUGGAGAGGAAGCAGAAGGAGGAGCAGGCUUUAGGAGAAUCACUAGCCCAGGAGAAAAGUACUUUAUUGGAUGCGAGGGAGGAGAGCAAAAUGCGAAUCAAAGAGCUGGAGGAGGAUAUCAAAACCCUGACUCUGAGAAUUGUGGAAAGAGAGACAGAGUUGGAAAGGAUAAAGGAAAGAGCAAAGAGGGCUGGAGCUCAGAAAAAAGAAGAGGAGAGUGAGAGAAAGAGCCUGCAGACCAAGCUGGAACAGACAGAGGGUGAACUGCGAAGUCUGUCUAAGGAGUUCCAGGGCCUGAGGAAUUCGCUGGCCCAGAGAGACACAAGUGUCCUGCAGCUCCAAAGCACCAUCACCACCCUUACCCAAAAACUGACCACUGCCCACAGGAAAGAGGCGGAGAGUGAGGCAACACUGAAGGAGAUGCGGAGCCUGCGGGAGCGUCUGAACGCGAGUGAGCGUUCUGCAGAGGGCUUGAAGAGUGAUCUGAGUUCCAUGGUAGCCCAGAGGGAUCAGGGGCAGGGUGAAUUGCAUCAGGCUCGUCUGCAGGCCGCCCAACUCACCCUUCAGCUUGCAGAUUCCAGUCUGGCCUUUAGAGAAGGAAGAGCCCGCUGGGCCCAGGAGAGGCAGUAUUUGCAGCGCAAUGCUGAGAAGGACCAGGAGCGUCUUGAGAAACUCAACACAGAGAUGCAGAGGAUGGAGGAGCGGCUGCAGGAGGAGAGGAUGGAGAGAGUGAAGCUGGAGGUUGAGCUUGGGAGAGAAAAGGAUUGCAACCGGGUUCAACUAAGUGAAACCCGCAGGGAGCUCCAGGAGCUGAAGGCCAGCCUGAGGGUUGCCCAGAAAGAGAAGGAGCAGCUACUUGCAGAGAAACAGGAGUUGAUGGAGUACAUCUGUCAGCUGGAGCAGAAGAUGGGGACAGUGGCCAGUGCCAAGUGGAGCGCUGCCCCGAUCACCUCUACAGGGCAGCCUGGCAGUGCUUUAUCUGACUCUGAGGACGAAAACCCAGAGGCUUUGCAGCCACUCCGUCCACCAAGACCUCUGGGACACUACAGCCUGUGUGAGCAGGGCCAGCCUGAUUCCUUGCUCCUUGCCACCCCUCCUCCCUCCCCCAGGGAGGUGGAGAGGAGUGCAGUGGUCAUCAACCAGCCAGCCCCGCUCUCCUCGCCACACCAGGCUGGCACUGACACUCUGGCACACAGCUCUGAUUCGGAGGAGGAUUCUGAUCCACUUCAGUGUGGAAGGCACAGCUCUGGAGAGGAAACAGCAUUUCUGCUGCCUGAACACAUGGACACUGUUCUCAGUGAUCUGGCCGACACCUCGCUAUGGUAACCAGUGGACAUCCAGCCACAGCGAAAGUGAUCAAAAGGAGAGGAGAAGGGGGACUUCCUUGGAGUUAAUGUGGUCCCACAUUACUUCCACUAACAAGCACAUAUACAGCUCACUCACUACACAGACAAAAUGUUAAUAUGCAAUUUACAUUGUAUCUGCCGUGAACCUUGGUUUUCCCCUCCUAGACUGUUGUGUUAUUGCCCUAGCUGUUUUGUUGUUAGGAAUGACAUAAUGCUCGUGGUGGCACGUCAACUCCGUGUUUAUGACUGACAUAAGACUGUUGCACAGUUUUAGGCAUGGGCUCUGGCGUUUGAGAGUUCACAGCCUGUAGCAGAAUGAUUUCUGUUGAAUCACUGCUAUGUCGAGAGCUUUACGAUGGAUGUUAUGUCGUUUUUAUGACAUUUGUGAUUAGGAGUCAUGACAGGCACUGUAAUUAUGAUGUUUUGUGCAGGCCCGGCUCCGUUGGAAAUCAUGGCAAAACUCUCUUCCAGCAUUAAAUUCUCCACAGCAGCUUUGAACACUAUUCAUGACAGCAUAAAGUAGUGAUACAGCAUCAUGCUAGAAUUAUAUUGCAGCAAUGUAGGUCUAUGACAUCAUAUUUCUCCUCCAUUUACUCAGAACUAAGGUUUGAUAUGCACUUUCUUGUACGCAUUAGUAGUUGAUUGUUGUCAUGCGGAUGCAGUUAAGGAGAUUUAGCGACGCAGAGGCGCUUUAAGACGGACAAGCAUUUGAAAUAGAGAGCUUAUUGAACAGAUUGUGUUUAAAGUCUAUUAAGAUAGAUGCCAGAUGCAACUUUCUACUUCAGUAACUUCAUAUCAUCAUUAUUAUAAAAUUAAUGCUCAUAUGCUUUUCACUAUAGAUCAGCUGCGGUUUUUACUUGCUAAUGAUCCUGGAUUUUACAUUUCCUAAUUAGAGAAAUGAAAUGCUAAUUUACUAGCUAGUCAUUUGGAUAUUUAGUGUUGGUCUUUGUUACAGUUUAUAUUGUACAGAAAUCUUAUCUCACAUCCAUGCGGUUCUAAAUUUGUGCCUAAAAGAAUGAGAAAAGAAUCAAAGAAAAUCAUCUUUAUAGAUCCUGACAUCAUGACAUGGUGUUGGUAUUUUCCCCUAGCCCUAUGGUAGUAUACUGCCUAAUAAAAAUUGCUGCCUACCUUUUAAUCAAUACUGUAUGCAUUUUUCAUGAUUUUCUAUUUAUAAUUAACUUGAGUUAUGCUGCAAUGAAACUAUAUUCAGGUUUAGUUUGAAAUAGGUGUUUGUUUUUCACACAACUGUUUGUGCAAUGUGUGACAAAAUUUUCCAUGCUUGGCUAAGAAGAUUUGCUAGACACUUUGAUGCUUAAUUUUAUCUGCUGUAUUUGCACCCUAUUUUUACUAUAGAAGAGUUUUUAGAUGAAAAGUUAUAUAUGGAUACUUAAUAUGUCAGUUGUGUCCUUUCAUCAUUAUCUUCAUCAUUUAGAAGUGUGUGUUUACGCAUUUAUCUAAACUUUUUUUGUUUUUAUCAUCUGUUUCCAAAUACUCACUUUGAUAUUUUAGUCAUAUUGUUGCAAGAUAUUGGUGCUAAUGAAAGGGAAUGAUACCAGCAUGUUGAGGUGGAAAUCUGCAAAAGAAACUGAUUAUUAAAGUAGUCGUGAAAGGAGUAAAUGUCUGUCCAACCUCUCAUUUACCUUGUCUCACUAGGUAUUUCAGUGUUGCACAUGUUGAUUCUCCUUAUAUAGAAGUAGGAAUGUUUUGAGGAGCUUGGUAUUCUUUCCCAGAAAAUGGCACACUACAUGUAUUCUCCAUAGUCUUUGUUUGUGGUUGUAAUCUGACUUUAUGUCUUAGGGAAGUUAUUUUUUUGUUGUUCCACUGCGAGCUCCAGUACUUGUACUCCUUGUCAGGACACUGUCUCCCAUUGCAAUAAAGCUCCAGUGGUUAUGGUUUGUUUUGAAGUUUUGUGUGUGAAGGUUAUGUACACCACCGUGUAUUUUCUUAUUAGUCAUGUAACAGGGUUUGGGUGGGGUUCUGCAUAAUAAAACGGUUUAUGUAUCCAUUA